CGGCGCUAGGGGCAGCGCGGAGUCCGGCCAGUCGCUGCUCGCGCUCCUCUCGCGGCUCCGGGCCGGAACCCGCUCCGGGAAGCAGGAAGCGCCUGCUGGCGCUGCUGGGGGCUCAGGAUGGCGGGGUCCGGCUGGGGCCCCCCGCGGCUGGACGGCUUCAUCCUCACCGAGCGCCUGGGCAGUGGCACGUACGCCACGGUGUACAAGGCCUACGCCAAGAAGGACACUCGAGAGGUGGUAGCCAUAAAGUGCGUUGCCAAGAAGAGUCUGAAUAAGGCAUCCGUGGAAAACCUCCUGACAGAGAUUGAGAUCCUCAAGGGCAUUCGACACCCCCACAUUGUGCUGCUGAAAGACUUCCAGUGGGACAGUGACAACAUCUACCUCAUCAUGGAGUUCUGUGCAGGAGGUGACCUGUCUCGCUUCAUCCAUACCCGCCGGAUUCUGCCUGAGAAGGUGGCUCGUGUCUUCAUGCAGCAGUUGGCUAGUGCCCUGCAGUUUUUGCAUGAACGGAACAUAUCUCACCUGGAUCUGAAGCCACAGAACAUUCUGCUGAGCUCGUUGGAGAAGCCCCACCUUAAACUGGCAGACUUUGGCUUCUCACAGCACAUGUCCCCGUGGGAUGAGAAGCAUGUGCUCCGUGGCUCUCCUCUCUACAUGGCCCCUGAGAUGGUGUGUCAGCGGCAGUACGACUCCCGUGUGGACCUCUGGUCCGUGGGGGUCAUUCUGUAUGAAGCCCUCUUCGGGCAGCCCCCCUUUGCCUCCAGGUCAUUCACAGAGCUGGAAGAGAAGAUCCGGAGUAACCAGGUUAUUGAGCUCCCCCUCCGGCCCCAGCUCUCCCAAGACUGCCGGGACCUGCUGCAGCGUCUCCUAGAGCGGGACCCUAGCCAUCGCAUCUCCUUCCAGGACUUCUUUGCCCACCCCUGGGUGGACCUGGAGCACAUGCCCAAUGGGGAGAGCCUGGCACAAGCAACCACCCUGGUGGUGCAGGCUGUGAAGAAGGACCAGGAGGGGGAUGCUGCGGCCGCCUUAUCUCUCUACUGCAAGGCCCUGGACUUCUUCGUGCCUGCCCUGCACUAUGAAGUGGAUAUACAGCGGAAGGAGGCAAUUAAGGCAAAGGUGGUGCAGUAUGUGUCCCGGGCUGAGGAGCUCAAGGCCAUCGUGUCCUCCUCCAAUCGGGCCCUGCUGAGGCAGGGGGCCUCUGCCCAAGACCUGCUCAGAGAGAUGGCCCGGAAUAAGCCACGCCUCCUGGCUGCCCUGGAAGUGGCUUCAGCUGCGGUGGCCAAGGAGGAGGAAGCUGGCGGGGAGCAGGAUGCCCUGGACCUGUAUCAGCACAGCCUGGGGGAGCUGCUGCUGCUGCUGGCAGGGGAGCCCCCAGGCCGGAGGCGGGAGCUGCUUCACACUGAGGUUCAGAACCUAUUGGCUCGAGCUGAAUACCUGAAAGAGCAGGUCAAGAUGAAGGAGUCUCGCUGGGAAGCCGAGACCCUGGACAAGGACGGUCUGUCGGAGUCUGUUCGGAGUUCUUGCACCCUGCAGUGACCCCAAAAGGAUGACUGGACAGACAGACCACAGGCCACCUGGAAUCGGGGGACACACUCAUCCAGGCUGAUGCCGAGAAUUCUGUGGCCCUCUGCAACUUGGCGGAGUAGCCUUUCUGGAUGGGCAGUUCUGUGACCACUGCGUCCAGGAUCCCCAACACCCUUUAGAAUACUUCCUACCCCACAAAGGCUCUGAUGGCCCAGCCCGUGUAUGUGUUGGGAGCACUGGGCCUGGCCCCAGGGGAGGGAGUGGGCCUCUGGGAGAAGAGUGUUUCAUGUGACUUUGGUUAACUGGUCGCUGCUGGACCCUGAGCCUGUCAAUUUGGGACAUCAAGGCUCUGUUUUUGCUCUGAGAAGAGGGCAAGGGGCAGCUGUACUGUGUGCCCACCCCUGUCCUUCCUCGGAGCCCUUAUUUCAACUCACCUCUAUCCUUGCACUGGACCAGGGUGCUCUAAGACCCCUCAGGGACCACCCACCCCAUGGUCUGCACUCCACCCCACAGAACUUAUCAGUCAUCUUGGAAGCUGAUGCCUGCCCACCCUCUUUCACUAUUUUUAAGUUAGUCCUUUGAGCCAUGAAAAUAAAUAUUUUUUAGGGUGGGGCAAAUUGAAGAAACUCAUGCCUUGUUCCUGCCCUGACCCAGGGAUUAUCAGGGGAGGGGUCCUUAAUCCUCAUUCCUCCAUCCUCCAUCCCUUUUUAGGGAAUACCCCUUACUUUCUGCAGAGCUGGUCCUGGCCUGGGAGGUGGAGGUAUGGGGGCUGCCUGACUCUUCAGGGUUUGGGGACUCACUAGCCCAGGAGACAUUUCAGGUCCAACAUGGCUGCUACCUCAGCAUGUUCCCUGGACAAGCACCUUUCCCUUUCUGGAUCUGGGCCUCCCCAUCUCCAUUGGUGUUACUAUUACCUCCUUAGCUGCCCUUACCCCCAUGUGGGCUUUUAGGAACACAAAGUGACUUGCAUCUGGAGGAGAUGUACACACCUGGAGUUAUUGAGGGGUUUCUUUUUAAAACUCUGAGAGGCUGUUGGUGAUUUCUAACCUUUCCACCCUUCAAUGCCUCCUUUGGGCAAGAGGUAUCUUUCUGCCCUGUCAGAGGUCUGUGUGAAGUGUGUCAUUCAUUGUUUCCCUAUUAAAUUAUUUUCUGAA